AUGAAUUCUCGAUAUUUAUUUCGUAUUUGCAAUAACAUUAUACGGCCCGCAGUUGUUUGUAGAUACAAAAGUUACAAAGCAAUAAAACGUCCUGACCCGGAAAAAAUGAAAAUGCCGGCGCUAGAGUCUCUGCCAAAUUUGAUGGAUAUUUUAAAAGAGAAAAUUAAGUUAAACGGGCCUCUUACGGUGGCUGAAUACAUGCAUAUUAUUAUAACAAACCCUACAGAAGGGUAUUACAUGAGGAAGGAAACAAUUGGAGAAUCAGGAGACUUUAUAACCUCGCCCGAAAUCAGUCAGCUUUUUGGAGAAAUUGUGGCGAUUUGGUUCUACGUGGAGACGCUGAAAAUGUAUCCUGGAAAACCCUUGCAGAUUGUGGAGCUCGGGCCUGGGAAAGGAACUUUAUUGUGGGACAUGUUGAGGGUUCUGCACCGAAUAGGAUAUCAUCCGUCAGAAGUAAGUCUCCACUUGGUUGAAAUAUCUGACACAAUGGUAGAAAUGCAGGCCCAGCAACUAUGUUUUAAACAUAACGUAACUUCAAUUGACUGCCCUUAUUAUCAUGAGGGUGAAACAGUUAGUGGUAUCAAGGUAUACUGGUAUAAUGAUCUCAAAAAAGUACCUACGGAAUUCUCUUGGUAUAUUGCUCAUGAGUUCUUUGAUGUCAUGCCUAUACAUAAAUUUGAGAAAACUGACAAUGGUUGGAGAGAAGUUCUAAUUGACUUUGAUAAAGAUGGCAAACUGCGAUAUAGGAUAUCAACAGAUAUGACCGUGUCUGCUAAGACCCUUAUAAGACCACCUUUAGACACGGGUGAACGUACUGCAUUGGAGAUCAGUCCUAGAACUUUGGGUAUAGCCAGGCAGUUGGCAACAAGGGUCGAUGCUCAUGGAGGAAUAGCACUUAUAGCUGAUUAUGGACAUGAAGGAGAGAAAGGGGACACUUUCAGGGCUUUCCAUAAGCAUAAAGUGGUAGACCCCCUAGAAUUACCAGGCCAAUGUGAUCUAACAGCUGAUGUGGACUUCACUCAGAUCCGAAUAGCUGCAUCGAAAACACCCAAAGCAGAUAACUAUGCAAUCGUACUAGGUCCUGUUAAGCAACGGCUUUUCUUACAGAGAUGUCAGGCUGAAGCUAGGUUACAGGUUUUAAUGGAUAACGCAAAUGAUGAUAUAGAGAGAGAAAAAAUUAAAGGAGGUUAUAAAAUGAUGGUAGACCCUAACAAAAUGGGCGAUAGAUUCAAAUUCAUGGCGUUUUAUCCUUCAGCAGCAGGGGAGAUAUUAGAGAAACAUCCACCACUUGGAUUCUCAGAUUAUGUUCCCCCAUUUCUGAAACUGAAAGAAGAUUCGGCCAUUGAACCGGCGGCUACGACUUAAUUAUAUACUAAUACCAUAGUUAUUACUGUUAAUUGUAGAACAUUGUAUUGUACUAAAUUUGUUUAUUAUGUUUCAUUUCAAUUAUAUAAAAAAUUGUGGCGCAUUUAUAUUGUGGCGCACUUUACACCAGGUCGACAGGCAACCGCUGUCGCUUGUUCGCCGUAGGCGGCAAGCUCCCCGAUAUUAAAAUUAUUUAGUCAUCUAACGACCGUAGUUCGCAGCCGAAAUUGACCGAAGCGACUACAUAGGUGUAAACGCUAACGACCGUAGUUCGCAGCCGAAGUUGACCGAAGCGACUAGGUGUAAACGCUACGGGCGACACGGUCUCACAGUCUUUUUCACGUCUUCGACUAGCGACGACAGUCGGCCGAACGGUGUCUGUGGCCGCGCAUGCUGGGCAAAGUUGCCAAUUUGUGGUGAAUUCCGUA